AGGACAUCCGGGAGGCCUUCCUGGAGCUGCGCGAGUACGACGUGCCGUACCACGUUCGCUUUGCCAUCGACACGGACGUGCGGGUGGGCCACUGGUACACGGUGCGGUGCCACGAGGGGGUGACGUGCAUGGAGCGGCGGGCGGACCUGCUGCAGCGCGCGGAGCCGCGCAUCUGCGCAUUCGACAUUGAGACGACCAAGCUGCCGCUGCAGUUCCCCAAUGCAGAGUAUGAUCAGGUGUUUAUGAUCUCCUACAUGUUGGACCGGCAGGGCUACCUGAUUGUGAACCGGGAGGUGGUGGGGGCGGACAUUGCGGACUUUGAGUACACACCCAAACCCGAGUUCGAGGGGCCCUUCAAGGUCCACAACGCCCCCGACGAGCGCUCCCUGCUGCUUCACUUCUUCGAGCACAUGCGGUCCGCGCAGCCCGCCAUCUACGUCACCUACAACGGCGACUUCUUCGACUUCCCCUUCAUCGA